UAAGCUGGUAGAAAUAAGCUUAGGGGGCUUUCAUGCAGGUCCCCACAUCAGUACCCUAGAGUUCAGAGUGGGGAGGGAACUCUGACAGGUGUGUUUUGCAGUUCAGCAUAUUCCUUCAGUGUGGCCUUAUGGUCUCAGGUGGGUGCUUCUGGUGGAAGUAAUCGGAGGGGCACCAGGUGCCUUCAGGGUCUGGCCUGCAGGGAACCAUAAGACGAAUGUGAACAGCAGGUCAUAGAACAUACUGGCUGUCUUCAGGUAUUGGGGAUGGAGGAGGGGGAACCCAGGGCCUGGGCCUUCCAGCAUCUCAGCUUCUGUCUCCCUCAUUCCCAACUCUACAGCCUUGGGUCCUCUCUGUGUCUGGGUCGGUGUCCCCUCUCUCUCUCUCUCUUCUUUUCUUACCCCCCUGCAUUGGGCCAUAAGAGUGGCCAUACUGGGUCAGACCCAGUGGUCAAUCCAGCUGUCUUCCAGCAGUGGCCAGUGCCAUAUGUUUCAAAGGGCAUGAACAGAACAGGGCAAUUAUCAAGUGAUCCAAGCCCAGCUUUUGGCAAUUGGAGGUUUAGGUUCUACUAAUAUUGGUCUGAAUCCAGUGUCAUCUUACACAGCUGUUUCUGAUCAGUUGGGGGCCCAUCUUCUCCAGACAAUAUGUGAGAAGAUACGGCAGGCUGAGUAUAUGGACAGCAGCUCAACUACACUCAGAGGGUGGCUGAGGCCACACAGCUGAAAAGAGCAACAUAUCCAAUUAACUUGGGGUAAUUCCUGGAAGGGGGGCUAAAACACCCAAGAAGGAGGAUUCCAUAUUGUGGGGUUUUGUUCAGGGUUUCAGGAUCCUGUAUGAAGGGGAGAGAGUGCAUGUAAUGGCAAAUAACUUCAGAUCUGAUUAAAGUCAUGGAGGACACUGCCAGGGAUAAGAUCCAGAAACGGUUUUUUGAGCAGGGUUGUGGGUCCCUUUUGGCUAUUGCCACAGCCUAGUCUCCAUAUCUUCCCCUUGGGCCUUGUCACGUAAGUGUCCAGUGAGUGUCUCCUUAUUCAUGAUCUCUUGUACCCAAUAGGAGAAUUAUUGACAGAUGUGAUUAACCCCAAGCUGUGCACUGUGCCUUAUGUAUCACUUGAUGCAAUGGUGCAUGUAGUCAGCUUGUGCACCAGUGUAGCCUUGCUUGCAAAGACUGACAAAAUUGGCAUUCUGCCUCCUCCCAGUCUACCUGGCAGACUCUGAUCUCUUGGGCCUUUCCUUCAAUGGACAGUUUAUGUGGACAAAGCAAUGCCCAUGAGCUGUGCCAUUUUGUGUGCAGUCUUCAAAAAAAAAAAAUUCAGUACAAUUUUGGACAGGACAGUUAAGAGGAGUGCAGAAUGCCAGCAGGCUUACUCAUUCCAUAUAGGGUCUGCAACUAUGGCUACCCAGUUGGGUUUGGGUGCAUCAGAUGUCCAGGUUAUAGGACACUGGUAAUCCAGGCCUAUAAAUUCUUCAUGUGCCUGCCUGAGGGGAGGUGGAUGCAGGCAGCGGGGCUGUAAGUGCCACUGGCUUUAAUAGGGUCUACUACAUUCCUAUGUCUGUCGUGUAUAUAAUGCACCAGUACAGUCAGUUUACAAGAGUGUGUAAUUCAGUGAUAAGCUUGUAGCUGGGCCUUGCCUGGGAUGUGAUUUUUUUUUUUUUUUUUUUUUGUCUUGGCACAGCAGCUGGGGCAUGUGCUGGGAAUAGCUCAUGUCUCUCUUACAUGGGCUGGCACCCUGAGAGCACGUUGGCCGUCAUUGUUCUCCCCAUAAUGACCUGAGAACCUAAUCCAGUCUCAAACUGACUUGAAAGCUCACUGGGAUGUUGGACUGGUGGUGGAUGUUUCCUGGCAUGGGGAUGGUAUUGGUGGUGGUUCGUGGAUAAUCUUGCUAAUGGGCUGCCUGAACUCUUACGUAGUGCACAUGCAUGCACCCUACCAAGAGCUUUCUGGCUAUGGGAUAUUCUUGGGCAGAUUUUUCAGUAUCUGUUGUUUGGAGCUGGUCCGCUGGGCAUAAACUAAAUAUGCAUGGGACCAAAGACAGUGACUAUAGCGUAGUGGUUAGAGCACUCUACUGGGAGGUGGGAGGCCCAUGUUCAAAUCCCUGCUCUGUCAGGCAGUGUGUGUCUCCCACAUCCUUUCGUGAGUGUUCUAACCCCUGGGGAAGAGGGAGGGGGCUUCCCACCUUCUCCUUUGUGUGGGUACACAUGCUACCUAAUCAGGUCCUGCAGGCAAAAUAGGCGGGGGAACAUCUAGUUUGAGAAUCCCACUGGGUUUUAGGCCUGAGACUAGCAGCUGGGUACCUAGACUCAAGCCCGCUCCGCACCCACCCCGACCCCGCCAUGCUGCCUGUUCGCCGCCUCCGGGCCCCGGCUCAUCCCUACGCCAAGGCGGCUGCCGGCCCGGCCCAGAUGUCCUUCACCUUCGCCUCACCCACGCAGGUGUUGUACAACGGAGCCACUGUGAAGCAGGUGGACGUUCCCAUACUGAGCGGCUCCUUCGGCAUUUUGGCGGCUCACGUUCCCACCCUGCAGGUCCUGAAACCCAGAGUUGUGACGGUCUUUGCCAAGGACAGCACAGUGACUAAGUACUUUGUGAGCAGUGGUUCCAUCACAGUCAAUGCAGACUCCUCUGUGCAGCUGCUGGCAGAAGAGGUGACUGCUUUGGACAUGUUGGAUCUCGCUACUGCUAAGUCGAUGUGAUGCCUAAAGUGAUGCCUAAAGCAGUAGUUAAGCACUUAAGGCUUUUGUGAAGCUAGCCCAAACUUAAUUUUCAUAGCCAUUUAUGCCCACUUCUAAGUCACAUUUGUUUAACAUCAAUAGGAACAUUAAGCUAAUGCUGAGCACCUCUAAAAUCCCACCAACAAAUUGAGCUUCAAAUAAAACCAAGGCUAGCAUUGAAUGUUGGAGCAGUGCAGUGUGGGUAGCUAUCCCGCAGUCCCCACCACCCAUUGAAAUUCUGGGUUAAGCUCCCAGUGCAUGAUGGGGCAAAAACAUUCUCGUGGGUGUUUCUGGGUGUGUUAGUCGCUCCUCCCUUCGUGAAAGCUAUGGCAGACAAUUGUUUCAUGCCUCUUUGGCGUGCAGACGCCAUACUGCUUUCAGCAGACGGUGCACCACUGCUCUCCUGCUACUAUGAAUCCACCUCUCAUUUCCUCUCCUCUUCCUAUGUAAUCUCUACUAUCUAUUCUCUCUUUUGCAUCGAACGCUUCCGCUGCCAACUCUGCUUGGCCAUCGUGAACCGAACAGCACAACUUCCGCCGCCAGCUCUGCUCUCCCGCUAUUGCCGCGCUUCCAAGCUUCUCCAUGUUGUCUGUCCUAGGCUCCCACCUCCGUGAAAGCAACAGAAGACAACCAUUUUCUGCCUUUUUUUCAGCUGCCGUGAACCAAACAUCACCUCUUCCACUGCCACUCUGCUCUCCUACGUUUCGCGCCCUUUUUCCAGGAUUACCCAUGCAAGCGCCAUAGCCAUGGAGCCCGAUCAGAUCUCCGCUGCAGUUUUGAUCAUUGUAAAUACCUUGUGCAUUAUCCAGCAGUAUGUGCAGUACCUGCAAAACCAGGCAAGGAAGCAAUGACAGCGUGAUUACGAUAGUGAUGAGGACAUGAACACAGACGUUCCUAGAAGCACAGCAUGUGACGAUUGGGAGAUCAUGAUGGUGUUGGGCCAGGUUCAUGCCAUGGAAUGCCGAUUCGGGACCUGGCAAACAAGCACAGACUGGUGGGACCGCAUCGUGUUGCAGAUAUGGGACGAUUCCCAGUGGCUGAGAAACUUUCAUAUGCGU